GGAUAAUUGGAUAUAAUUGAACAACUUAAACGAACUGAUUUUUUAUUGAGAGCGAUCUUUGGAAUUCUCUGGAAGAAAGCAAAGCUUUUAGAUCAAGAUGUCCUCAGCUGCAGUUACGGUUAAUUUGGAAGAUUUGAAGAAUGGCGACGUUUCCUUUUCAACCUUAGAGGAGGCUUUUGGACCCGACUCUUUAGGCAUAAUCAUAGUUAAGAAUGUACCCUCUGAAUUCGUUGAGUUACGGCAUCGUCUACUAUCAUACUCAUCUUACCUGGGAAAUCUCCCUCCGGCUGAACUUGAGAAGAUUGAAAAUCCAGCAGCAAAAUACUUGACUGGCUGGUCGCGUGGCAAAGAGACCCUCAAGAAUGGCCAGGUCGAUACUCUCAAAGGCUCAUUCUAUGCGAAUUGUGCCUUCUAUGUCGAUCCCUCUCUCUCCUGCGCCAAACCCACUGCAGAGUUCUCCGCCGAGAACUUUCCAGAAUACCUGAGUCCCAAUCUGUGGCCCGCUGAUACCGCAAUUCCAGGUUUUCAAGAGACGUUCGAGAAUUUGUGUCGGAUUAUUAUUGACACAGCAGUCCUCGUUGCCCGAGCUUGCGAUAAGUAUGCCGAAAAAGAGAUUCCGGCGUAUACGCCAGGAUAUCUAGAACAUGUUGUCAAGACGUCCACGACCACAAAAGCUCGUCUCCUCCAUUACUUCCCAGCAGAACCAGAAGAUUCAAAACCGCAGGCGGAGGAGAUGGAUGAUGACUGGUGUGCAACCCAUCUCGAUCAUGGCUGUCUAACCGGCUUGACCUCGGCAAUGUUCAUCAACGAGACCAAACAAUCACCUGAAAUACCUACUAGUAAUGGACACACUCCACGAUAUCUUCCUGCUCUCGAGGAACUUCCAUCGUCGCCAGAUCCAACGGCUGGCUUAUACAUCCAGUCUCGAAGUGGUAAGGUAGUGCAGGUCAAGAUCCCAAAAGAUUGCAUUGCCUUCCAGACCGGUGAAGCAUUACAGAGGAUCACGAAGGGGAAAUUCAAGGCUGUUCCACAUUUUGUGAGGGGUGUUCGACCUGGCUUUUCUGAUGGUGAGAAUGGAGGGAGCAUAGCGCGGAAUACUCUUGCUGUUUUCACGCAGCCUAACUUGGGGGAGACUGUCGAUGCAGAUCAAGGCAUUACCUUUGGAGAGUUUGCGAGGGGAAUCGUCGAGAAGAACACGACGAAAUAGUAGGUCUUCAAAAACCAGGCGUUGUAGGUAUUUACGGACGCGCAUGACUGAACGAUAUUUGCACUUGAUUGUGGUCGGCUUGUAUUUACGGAGUAUGUCAUGAUGGACCUGACUCAGGGGGCUCCGUACUUCGUAUAGUAG